UGUUCGGUGCUAGCAUUGAAGCUAGCUGGCUAGGACCACGAUAUUUGUGGUCAAGUAAACGACUAGAAAUUGUCACUCUUGAAUAGCAGCCCAGCUGAAAGAAGCUGGCUAGCUAUUAAAACAACCGAAACCGAAACGAAUCGUCAUGUCAGGACCAUCAUCGGGCUGUGGAUUUCUGAUGUCGGUUGUUGUUCACGGAGACUCUGCUCUUAACGAGCAGGAAAAGGAGCUCAAUCAGCGACUUAGAAGUCUAUAUCCAGCUGUAAAUGAACAAGAGACUCUACUGCCUAGAUCAUGGAGUCCCAAGGACAAGUUCAGUUACAUUGGUCUUUCACAGAACAAUCUACGAGUACAUUACAAAGGACACGGAAAGACCCCAAAAGACGCUGCCUCUGUACGGGCAACCCACCCCAUCCCAGCAGCAUGUGGUGUUUACUACUUUGAGGUGAAAAUCAUCAGUAAAGGGAGAGAUGGUUACAUGGGAAUAGGCUUGUCUGCACAGGGGGUCAACAUGAACAGACUUCCAGGUUGGGACAAACACUCAUAUGGUUACCACGGAGACGAUGGCCACUCCUUUUGCUCAUCGGGUACAGGGCAGCCCUAUGGCCCGACUUUCACCACUGGUGAUGUGAUUGGCUGCUGUGUCAACCUCAUCAACAACACCUGCUUUUACACUAAGAAUGGUCACAGUCUAGGUAUAGCUUUCACAGAUUUACCGCCCAACCUGUACCCUACAGUCGGCCUCCAGACCCCGGGGGAGGUGGUGGAUGCUAACUUUGGGCAGCACCCGUUUGUCUUUGACAUUGAGGACUACAUGCGGGAAUGGAGGACAAAGAUCCAGGCCCAGAUCGACCGUUUCCCCAUAGGGGAGCGAGAGGGAGAAUGGCAAGCCAUGCUCCAGAAGAUGGUGGCCUCCUACCUUGUUCACCACAGCUACUGCGCCACUGCUGAGGCCUUUGCCAAAUCCACUGAUCAGGCCGUGCAUGAGGAACUGGCUUCCAUCAAAAACAGACAGAAAAUCCAGAAGUUGGUCCUGUCAGGAAGAAUGGGAGAAGCUAUAGACACCACACAGCAGCUUUACCCCAGCCUCUUGGAGAGAAACCCGGAUCUCUUAUUCAUGUUGAAAGUCAGGCAGUUCAUUGAGAUGGUGAACGGCACGGACAGUGAGGUUCGGUGCCUGGGAGGGCGGAGCCCCAAGUCCCAGGACAGCUACCCUGGCUCGCCCCGCCCCUUCAGCAGCCCCACCCACAAAGCCAGUGGCCCCCAAGUCUAUCCGACAGGGUUGGACAGUAACUGCUGUAAUGGUGUGUUGUCCAGUAAACCCACCUCUUCAGCCAACUGUAUGAAGGCCUGCCCCUCCACCCUGGCCAGUGGUGACCUCAGCAGCUUGAAUGGCACAUGCAGCCAGCCGCAGCAGCCGCAGCAGCCCCAGCAGCCGCAGCCGCAGCAGCAGCAGCCCAGCACCAGCAGUGAAGUGGAGAUGGAGGUGGAUCACUUCUCCAAUGGCGUGUCUGAAUCGUCCUCCAAUGGCUUUCUCAAUGGAUCAACACAUGGGGUGGAACCAGAGGACUGUGAUGCCGAGAUGGAGGUGGAGCUGGCUCAGUUCAAGAGGCAACUCUGCGGAGGCAGCCAGGCGGCCAUCGAGAGGAUGAUCCACUUUGGGCGGGAGCUGCAGAGCAUGAGUGAGCACCUCCGUCGAGAGCGCGGCAAGAACGCCGCAAACAAGAAGAUGCUGAAGGAUGCCUUUAGCCUGCUUGCAUACUCAGAUCCCUGGAGCAGUCCAGUGGGCUAUCAGCUGGACUCUAUCCAAAGAGAGCCUGUCUGCUCCACACUCAACAGUGCAAUAUUAGGUAAGCCAGCUAUAUGUUUCCUGACCAAUUUGGUGGGAGCAGUGGAACUGGAUCAGGACAUCAGUGUAACUGUACCACUGGGGACACGGGCCUCAAUACACUGCACAUAUGGAACAGGGUGCCGGUACUACAUCCACUGGUACCAGAAAAAGGAGGGAGAGAGCUUCAAAAGAAUCCUGUACAUAGAUAUGGAUAAUGGAGCCGAGACAAAAGAUCCUGAUUAUAAGGAUAAUAAGAAUUUCCAAGCUGAAAAAAAGGAAAAUAAAUAUGAUUUAAAAAUCCCAGAGAAUGGUGAGGAAUAUAUUAAUAUCACCAUCCACUUCAGUGACCCCGAUGUUGAGACUUCAUCACAACAAGGACAUGAAAGCAGAGCCAUGGGUCCACAACUUGCACUUGUCACUGUUCUCUUACACACAGUGCAAGGGAUUGUGCUGCUCCAUCCGAGGAUCUAUGUGGUUGAAUCUUUUGGAAAUCAAGCUUCAAUUGACUGCACGUACAAAACAGGGUGCUGGGGUUACAUCCAGUGGUACCAGAAAAGGGCGGGAGCCGGCAUUAAGAGAAUCUGGGACCGGAAAAAAGCAAAUGAUCCCGACCAUGAGUUCCAGUCAGAGAAAAAUGGAAACACUUUCACUUUAAAAAUCCCUCAUAUUUCAUCCAAUCAUUCAGCAGUGUACUACUGUGCCUGCUGGACCUCCCACAAAGCACAGAUCUUUCCCCCAACUACCACCACCUCCAACACACAGGAGAGUUCAUUUGAAAAAGAUGUCCGAGCUCUGGAACAUCUGGGUUCUGGUCUUUUUUGGCUUCACAUCAGGACAAGUGACGCAUCCAAAGAUCUGGACUUUGGCUAG